GCUCCAGUUCCAUCCAGUACCAUACCGGGAUCGGCUCACAAGGUCCCAAGGCUACCCUUCUUCCAAGGCAAGGCCAGGCCACUUUUUUUAAAGACAUCCCGCGGGACCCCCUCAAGGCAGACGCUCCCUCCUCCCCGCUGCGUCUGGCUUGAAGCUCUCCCCAGAAUACAAUCGUUAGUUCUGCUCCGCCUACAUCUCGACAGCUCAAGCUUGGCUCUCAAGCUCCCACCGCGAAAUCUCGACUCAAUUGACCUGACAGCCCGACUCGACGGCAGUCUCGGAUCUCGCCCUUGACAAAAAAAAAAACAAAAAAACAACCCUGACCCGCACCCCAUCACUCGUUUCAGUUGGCCGGGGAAGAACGGGGUCACCCAGCGAAACAUUCCUCAGAACCUCGUGGACCGUGGGGCAACUCGACAGCGCAAAGACAUUCCCAAGGCUGUCCAGACCAGGAGGAACGAGCGAGGCACUCUGCGCCAGAGCUCUGGACCGGAUCCCCUCCCCCGCCAUCGGUUGACCCUGACGACUGAGCUUAAUCGCAAAUCUUUGCUACCACUACAAUCACCCUCACGAUCACUGCUUCUGCUCCUGUUCCUGCUCGCUCGGCACGUCAGCUCUGCGCGACAGUCACACUCGCUUCGGAACCUGCUCGAACACACCACCUCAUGCUCUAGACAACAUGCGGUACUCUAUAGUCGCUUCGGCGCUGCUAGGCGCUGGGGCUGCCCUCGCACCCGUUGACACAGGUCUCACCUGCCAAUUGCCUCCAAACGAAUUGCUCGUAGGAUCUGAACAAUGCCAAGGUGGUCUGCUCGACGCGAAGACUGUCCUAGCCUGCCAUGCUGGCUGGGACGCCUCACGCGGUGGGCUCCUGUCACUGUCCAAGGAUGCCACUGCUUGUAUCUUGACUGGUUUCGAAACUCUCCAGGUCCAUGACCUCCACGUCGCUCCGGUUUGUAACCAGACCCAGAUGGAUGCUUGUGCGAAGGUCAUGUUUGGUCACUUGUCUGAAGUCGAUGCGAAAUACCUGAGUAUGCCCGCCCUCCGAGAAACACCUGCUGAGAUGGUGGCGCAACGAUUGAAGGGCGACGCCAAACACGACCAAGCCCUCCUCGGCAAGCCACCUCGUAAUAUCGAGCUUCAGCCCUUCGCUCGCCGCCAGCAACCUCGCAGCGCCUCGGCACGCAGGCACGCCAAUGCCAACCAAGCAAAGGUGCCCUCUCGAAACAACAACCUGUCCUCGCCGAAGAUUGCCACCACGCAGGAGAAGCAACCAGCCUCGACAACACCUAGAAUUCGCUCCACGAGCGACCUGUUCUCCGCAACAGCCACACUCCUUCCUUCUGCUCCCGGCAACAAGCACUUUGCCGGCAUGGCUUGCGCAUUAGCCAUCGUCUCGCUCAUCUUCGUCAUCUGGAUGUAACUCCACUGAUGGUUGGGCCCCCAUUCCUUUUCUUUCUGUCCCUAUUGCAUGGUUCUAUUUGGUGUGUGGUGUGUUUUUCGGUAGAUACCCCGGUCCUGAUACCCUAGAUAAAGGAGCGGUUGGUCAUUGAGUUUCUGUUUUCACUAUGGCGUUAGAGGGUUUGUGUACAUACGACGUGUGGCGGACAUACUGGCGGGGAGAUUUGUGGGCGUUCCGGUAUUGGUGUCACGAGGCAGUUGGCACGAGUGCGAUGAGCAAGGUGUCUGAGGCACCACUGUUACGCGUUAUGGCUGGGACUUGAUGGGUGCGCGAAGACGGGAUUCGUGUCCGACGCUGGUUGCGGACGUGCUGUCUGAGGCAGCGGCUGAUGAUAGGCCGAUAGAGUAAUUGAGUCUAUACACCUC